AUGUGGUACUCGCAGCUGGUAGGCCCUUCUUUGAAGGACUUUGGAGAAGGCAAAUGGAGGGCUGUCGUUCCUGUUGACAACAUCCUGUGCUGUCCACCUUGGAAUGCAACCCAUGUGCUCCGGAUAAAUACCACUGAUCCGGAGCAGCUCCAAAUAGAGGCAACAGGCUGCGACUUGGGAAAUGGAAAAGGGAAGUGGAAGUCAGGCGUGCUUGGGGCCGAUGGCAAUAUCUAUUGUCCACCUUGGUUUGCUUCGCGAGUCCUGCGAAUCGACCCGUAUGUGGGGACAUCGGAACUCAUUGGUCCUGAGUUUACGCUACCCGAUCCAGUCAAACUGGCGCAGGAAUUUGGGGACAGCAUCGGUGAUGGUGAUGGCGACGUGUCCGACGAAAACUGGGGUAAGUGGAUGGAUGGAACUCUCGCGGCUAAUGGUUGCCUGUAUUGUCAGCCAUGGUGCGCAAGCCAUGUGCUCAAGAUCGACACUCGAAAUGGGUCUGUGGAACUCAUAGGCCCUGACCUCGGUUGGGCUCCGGACAAGUAUCGCGCUGCGGUGGUGGCCACUGAUGGAGUCAUCUACUGUCCACCACAUUCGGCCAGACGAGUGAUGAAAGUUGAAAUCUCGACAGACACGGUGAGCUUUGUGGGACCUGACUAUGGCACCAAGCCAGGCAAGUGGUGGGCGGGCGCCAUGACCUUGGUGAACACAAUCCUUUGUGCCCCACAUUCCGCUGGUCAGGUGCUUCAGAUCGAUCUCUUCCGACAGAUGUGCACGUUGGUGGGCAGAGACUUCGGUAGCGGCGAGGCCAAGUACCGGUCCAUCGUGCAAAGCAACGAUGGAUGCUUCUACUGCCCACCUUGUAAUGCACCGCAGGUGCUGUGCAUUGAUCCGCUAACACCGGAUGCUGACUAUGUAGGUCCAGACCUUUGCUGCGGCGGUUUCAAAUGGGUGGUGGCUGGUUUGGGCGAGGAUGGCUGUGUUUACAGUCCUCCUUGGCUGGCACACAAGUCUCUUCGUGUGGACGUGCCGACACGAUGGGCUAGGCAGAUAGGCAAGAACCAAGGCUGGGGUGGUGGCAAGUGGGAGGCGAUGUAUCCACAUGAGGAUGGCUUCUUUUAUUGCCCUCCAUGCUGCGCCACCGACACCUUGAGCCUGGAUACGCUGAUUGGAACAACAGAGUUGUUGACACCAGAGCUGGGAAGGGAGCCUAGGAAGUGGCGGUGUACAGGCAGGUCUGCGGCAGGAGAACUGUACUGCCCGCCCUUCGAGCAUGACAAGGUCUUGAGACUGACAUUCAAGAACCUGCAGCUGGAGUCCCCAUCUGGAACCAAAGAUUCGCCACUCUCCAGAGCUUCGAGCCGCGUGCACGAGUCGCGGGCCUCCAGCCUCUUACAGGGAUGA